UGCAAGAAGACCCUCCUGUGGGUGUCAGUGGUGCACCAUCUGAGAAUAAUAUAAUGCAAUGGAAUGCAGUUAUAUUUGGGCCAGAAGGGACACCUUUUGAAGAUGGUACUUUUAAACUAGUAAUCGAAUUUUCAGAAGAAUAUCCAAAUAAGCCUCCAACUGUUAGGUUUUUAUCAAAAAUGUUCCAUCCAAAUGUUUAUGCGGAUGGUAGCAUAUGUUUAGAUAUUCUUCAGAAUCGCUGGAGUCCAACGUAUGAUGUUUCAUCUAUUUUAACUUCAAUUCAGUCUCUGCUUGAUGAACCGAAUCCAAACAGUCCAGCAAACAGUCAGGCGGCACAACUGUAUCAGGAGAACAAACGUGAAUAUGAGAAAAGAGUUUCAGCUAUUGUUGAACAAAGUUGGAAUGAUUCGUAACAGCUGCUUUGUUACUCUCCAUCCUCAUAAUCAUUAUGUACAAUUUAACUUACAAUAGAAAGGCUACCAGAAAUUGCAAGUGCCACAGUUUUAAGAAUUUGCAUAAAAACUCAUUUGCAAACAAAAUUAAGCCCUCCAGUUUAGGAAACUUAAAAGCUUGUGUAUCUUGAUUAACGUACUUUUUAUUGCAUGGUAUGAACUAAGUUAUUGCUACAUAAAUUUGUAAUAUAUCCUGUUUGUAUUUUUUUUUCCAAGUGUAUAAUGUUGGUGUGGAGUUUUCAUGACGGAAUAUACACAUUUUGUAAAUCUGUACUUUUUCAAAUAUUGAAUGCCUUAUUUUUGAAUUCUUUAGAUUUUUAAAUUGGAGAAAAGCACUUAAAGUUUUUAUAUAUAAAUAUUUCAUGUAAAACUGUUAAAUACAUAACCUUAGUGCAAGACA